AUGGGGGAAUGUGGCCGCUACUGCUUUUCAAAUAAGGAGGACAUUGGGGUGCACGGGCGUCAAGUGGCUCCUCGAGGGAGGUCAGAGGGACGUCAACACAUGGAGUCGUUAUCACGCGUUGAGCGGCUGACUGCGGCUUCGGGGGACGGUAUUCUUCGUGGCGUGACGGAGACCUGCUCGACAGCACUUGUCGGCCGAAUGCUGUACGAG